AUUUCAUUUACUGGUAUGGCUAGCUCCAAAGAUGAGGCCGUUAUCUUUCCGCUCCUAAAAACAUUCGUCACCACUUCUCUCUUUGUUCAAUUGAAUUCGAUGGCAUCGAUUUCCGCUAUCGGAUGUCUCUCUGUUGGUAAAAUACUGAACUCCUCUACUACAACAAUGUCUAUUCAGAGAUGGCACAAUCCAAUAACACCUACAUCUUUUCAUGAAUCACCCAGGCUCUCCAAUCUUCAUGUCUCCAACUUAUCUGAUGACAGUGGCCCAUGGGAUUGUAGAUUAGGGUUUGAUAGAAGAGAUGUUGUGAUUUCAUCAGUUGGGUUGCUAGCUUCAGCCAUAUGGAAUACUUCAAAUGAUGGAGUAGCUCUCGCCAGCUCCGAAUACGCAGACAUGCCAGCGAUUAGGGGAAGGGAUUAUGGCAAAACAAAAAUGCGGUAUCCAGACUACACUGAAACAGAAUCAGGCCUCCAGUAUAAGGACUUGCGAGCAGGAAGUGGCCCUAAGCCAAAGAUGGGAGAGACAGUAGUGGUUGAUUGGGAUGGUUACACCAUAGGUUACUACGGCCGCAUAUUUGAAGCUCGGAACAAGACAAAGGGUGGUUCCUUCGAGGGGAAUGACAAAGAAUUCUAUAAAUUCAAAAUAGGAUAUCAAGAGGUGAUACCAGCUUUUGAGGAAGCUGUUUCAGGCAUGGCUCUCGGUGGCAUUAGAAGGUGCUGCAUCUGCCUUCCCGAAGCUUUGCCUCCAGAGCUGGGAUAUCCUGGGAAUGACUACAAUAACAAGGGCCCAAGACCAACAACAUUUUCGGGCCAACGGGCAUUGGACUUCGUGCUGCGGAACCAAGGAUUGAUAGACAAAACCCUCUUGUUCGAUAUCGAGCUCCUAAAGAUCAUACCAAACUGAUCGCUCUUCAAGUGCAAUUGGCUCUGUGAGUUCUCAUUUUCAACCAGGGAGUGGAAAGAUACUAGAUAACAAGAGAGCCAUUUUGUAACCACUAAAUAUCAAUCAACCUAGAUGGGCAUACUUCAUGUAAUUAGAUAUUUUAUUCUUUUCUUUUCUUUUUCUGUUCUUGUUUUGCUUUUACCAUCCUCAGAUAAUGUGGCAUGGCAAAUCGAACAUUGAUUGUGUAAAAUGGUCUUUAUAAUGUGUUAUAAAGUAAAAAAGCAGAAGUAUCUAGCAAUCAUUUAUGUA